AUCCUAAUUCCCCCUCUUCCUCCCUCUUCACCAAGUCUCUCUUUUUUCUCUCUUACGGGACUGUAUACCAUACCCCCUUCCCUUCUCCCCAAAAUGUCUCUCAUCAGAGCUUUUCGUUCUCGUAAGUUCUCCAGAUCCUUUAGGGGAACUGGGGUUCUGGAUGAGGACGACCGUCGGAACGGGAUCGUUGCGGCCGAUGGGGCUGAGGCCGGCGACGACCCAGCGUACGGCAAUGCGUGGUCCACCAUGCUGCCGGAGCUUCUUGGCGAAAUCAUACGGCGGGUGGAGGUCAGCGAGGAGCGGUGGCCCAACCGCCAAAACGUUGUUGCUUGUGCUUGCGUCUGCAAGAGGUGGAGGGAGAUGACUCGUGAGAUCGUACGGUCCCCUUCUCAGAGCGGCAAAAUUACUUUCCCUUCUUGCCUUAAACAGCCAGGACCACGUGAUUCACCGCACCAAUGUCUUAUAAGGCGAAACAAGAAGACUUCGACAUUUUAUCUAUAUCUUACCCUUACACCAUCUUUCACAGAUAAAGGGAAGUUUCUCUUAGCAGCUAGGAGAUAUAGGCGUGGUGCUAAUACUGAAUAUAUCAUAUCACUUGAUGAUGAUGACUUUUCCCAGGGAAGCAAUGCUUAUGUUGGAAAGUUAAGCUCGGAUUUUCUUGGUACCAACUUCACGAUCUAUGACAGCCAGCCACCCCAUAACGGUGCAAAGCCGUCAAGCAGCAGGGCAAGCCGAAGAUUUACGAGCAAGCAGAUAAGCCCACAAGUUCCUGCAGGAAACUUUGAGGCGGGACAGGUCUCAUACAAGUUCAACAUUUUGAAAUCAAGGGGGCCAAGAAGGAUGGCUUGCACAAUGAAGUGCCCUUUUGCUUUGUCAGGAGAAAGUUCAGAUAACAAAAAUCUGGAUGCCACCGAUAAGACAAGCAAUAAAGAACAUGUUGCUUCUGGCUACUCAAUAUUGAAGAACAAAGCUCCAAGAUGGCAUGAGCAUUUGCAGUGUUGGUGCUUGAAUUUCCAUGGCCGUGUGACCGUGGCCUCAGUGAAGAACUUUCAGCUGGUUGCCACAGUGGAUCAGAGCCAACCAGACGGAAAAGGAGAUGAGGAAACAGUUCUCCUCCAGUUUGGGAAAGUUGGGGAUGACACUUUCACCAUGGAUUAUAGGCAGCCAUUAUCAGCCUUCCAGGCUUUCGCCAUUUGCCUAACAAGCUUUGGCACUAAACUGGCUUGUGAGUAAUACAUAAUAUCGGUUCAUUUGCUUAUUAAUUCUGUGUAUGUUGAAAUGAGUAGUUAUUUUUGUUUUUUGUUUGGCCCCAUAAUUUUCAGCCUAAAAUUUGAUUGGAAGAACUUUCUUGUAAAUGUGGUUCUUGUAUCAGUAAAGGUAUAUGUUCCAUAGUUGAACUAUUGGCCAA